UUUCAAUUUCAGUUUAAGUUUCGGUUUCUGUUUCGGUUUCAAUUUCAGUUCGAUUUCAUUUAAUCGCUGAUACGGUCGUGUGUAUCUCGUAGGUGUCCACAGAGUACAUUUAGAAUACUACACAAUGAGGCAGUUUAUAUUGCUUUCGUUCUUUGUGGCGGUCACAAGUGCCGCAUCUAACCUGGUCUGCUACUAUGAUUCAUCGAGCUAUACGCGUGAAGGUCUGGGGAAGCUACUGAAUCCGGAUCUGGAAAUCGCUUUACAGUUCUGCUCGCAUUUGGUUUAUGGUUAUAUGGGCAUCAGUGCUGAGAACUUUCAGGCACACAGUUUGAAUGAAAAUCUGGAUGUCUACAAGCAUCAGUUCUCCGAAGUGACGUCCUUCAAGCGCAAGUAUCCGCAUCUGAAGGUGCUACUAAGCAUUGGCGGUGAUCACGACAUCGAUCUGGAACAUCCCAACAAAUACAUCGAGCUGCUCGAAGCGGAGAAGGUGCGACAGACCGCAUUCAUCCACUCAGCAUAUGCGUUGGUGAAGAACUACGGCUUUGAUGGCUUGGAUCUGGCAUAUCAGCUACCCAAGAAUAAGCCGAGGAAGGUGCAUGGUGAAAUUGGAUCGGUUUGGAAGAGUUUCAAGAAGCUCUUCACUGGCGAUUUCGUUGUCGAUCCCAAUGCAGCACUGCACAAGGAGCAGUUCACUGCCUUGGUUCGAGAUGUGAAGGACUCGCUGCGCGCCGAUGGGUUUCUGCUCAGUUUGACGGUGCUUCCGAAUGUUAACUCAACUUGGCACUUUGAUAUACCUGCACUCAAUGGACUCGUUGACUUUGUCAAUCUGGCCGCCUUUGACUUCGUAACGCCAGCUCGUAAUCCUGAGGAAGCCGACUAUUCGGCUCCGCUGUACGAACCGACUGGCCAAAAUCGUCUUUCUCACUACAAUGCCGACUACCAGGUGCAAUAUUGGUUACAGCAGGGAUUCCCCGCCAGCAAGCUCAACUUGGGUGUUGCUACUUAUGGCAACGCUUGGAAACUAUCGCCCGAAUCGGGGCUGGAAGGUGUGCCGAUUGUGGCAAACACCGAAGGAAACUCUGCAGAAGGUCUGCAGUCCCAGAAGGCUGGACUGCUUAGCUUCCCCGAGAUCUGUUCCAAACUGUCGAAUCCACAAAAUCAGUAUCUCAAGGGCAACGAUUCGCCAUUGAAGCGUGUUACCGAUCCCUCCAAGCGUUUUGGUAACUACGCAUUUAGGCCGGUAGAUGGCGCCGUCACUGAAGGCAUUUGGAUUAGUUACGAUGAUGCCGAUGCCGCAUCCAACAAGGCAGCCUAUGUACGUGCCAAGAAUCUGGGCGGCGUGGCCCUGUUCGAUUUGAGCUACGAUGAUUUCCGUGGACUGUGCACCAAUGACAAGUAUCCCAUAUUGCGUUCCAUUAAAUAUCGACUAUAGACUUAACUGCGAAAAUGUUUAUGUAAGUUGUGUUAUUAAAAUAAACUACCGACUAACACACUCGGUAUUUGGUCUACUAUUA